UUGGACGGCAUGCAGGGGCAGGGGCAAGCGCAGGGGCAACAACAGCACCAGCACCAGCACCAACAGCACCAGCAACAGCACCAGCACCAGCAUCAACCAGCUUCGAUGAACCUCUUGCGAAGGAUCUACGGCGCACAGUCGGAAUCUGCAGCUCAGCAAGGCGCAGAUCUUAUGGAGUCAGGGAGGCUUCAUGAGACCAGCUCUUCAAGGAUGGAGGCGCAUGCUCAUCACAACGUGCGGGACAGGUUUCAAGAGCGUUUGGCAGAGCUAGUGCCGAUGGACUGGAUCAUGAAUACCCAGAGGGAGAUCGAGCGACUGCAGCCACGAAGCUCCCCAGGCGACGGAGGCUCAGGCAGUCAGCCGAUGGCAUCGCAAACUUCUUCAGCCGGGGAUCUCAUCAUGACGGAAGUGAGAAUCACUGGGAACGGAAGCCCCUCAGAUGCCAACAUGGAGCUUCCUCUCCUGCAAGAAUCGCGACAAGCUGACCUGGAACGAGGAAGCGAUGACUUCGGUUUGCCUCGUGCAGCAAACGAGUCGACCUCCAACGGUUCUCCUCGAGUGGACAUGUAUCCAGCAAUCCAUUCGUUUGCUCGUUGGUUGGAGAGUGCAUUUCCCUUCACUCUCCUGUUGAUCUGCGUGUUCAUCUACGAACACAGCAGAGGAAUUCUUGUCUUCCUGUGGUUGUCGAUUUUCCUGUCGCAGGCCAAUGAGAUCAUGAGGAAGCAAGUAUCGCUCAAGGAAAACAGAAACCUUCAUGUGCUGAGCUUCUUGGUCUGGUUCAUCGUCGUGCAGGCCUAUGCUGUCUAUUUCCUCUUCGGCACCGAGUCUCUAUGGCGCAAUUUUGUGUUCCUGUCCUUCAGUUUUGAUCAGAAAGAGGUUCUGGGCUUCUUCGACCUCUUGUGGAUCGUCACUCUCGAUGAUCUUCUUGCUCGCCAUGCGGGGAUGCUGAUCAAGGCCAUCUCCCUGAUGGUGGUGGGAGGCUCUGUCCAACACCAGAGGACUUCUCAGCUCAUGAACGUGGAAGAGUGUUUGGUCUCGCUCUAUCGCGACCUCAUCCCCAUCCCCAUCUGGCUUCAGUUCCUUACCCACUGGCCAACGGGUCUCUACCUUCCAGGAGUUGUCCGGGGCUGCUACCUCACCCUCAAGCUAACCUCUGUCGUCGACAAGAUUCAGUGUCUCCGAUCCGCCAUCCAGGCCUUCAUCUUCCAUCAGACGCCCUACGGUCGCUACGUGCGAGCUGACGAGCUCACGGGGGACCCUCAGGAAGACAUCUGCACCAUCUGCCACGACCCGCUCUCCUCCCCCGUCCGAGUGCGAUGCGGGCACAUCUUCUGCGAGGAGUGUGUCCAUCAAUGGCUGCAACGGGAGAGGACGUGUCCCCUCUGCCGCUCCAUCGUGCGCAAUGCGAGGCAGCGGCUGCGGACUGAUGGGUCGACGUCGAUCCUCCCUGUAAUCUUUUAACAUGUACAAGUAACAAGC